AUGCUGGGGUCGGGAUAUUUUCAAUAUUUUCCUAUCUAUCUAUCUAUCUAUCUAUCUAUCUAUCUAUCUAUCUAUGUUUAUUCCUAUGUCAAUAUCUAUCUAUCUCUCUGCCUAUCUGUUUAUCUAUCUGUGUUUGUCCCUGUGUUCAUAUCUAUCUAUCUAUCUAUCUAUCUAUCUAUCUAUCUAUCUAUCUAUCUAUCUAUCUCUGUUUAUCCCUAUGUUCAUAUCUAUCUAUCUAUCUAUCUAUCUAUCUAUCUAUCUAUCUAUCUGUGUUUUUCCUUAUGUUCAUAUCUAUCUAUAUAUCUAUCUAUCUACCUAUCUAUCUGUCUAUCUGUGUUUGUCCCUAUGUUCAUAUCUAUCUAUCUAUCUAUCUAUCUAUCUAUCUAUCUAUCUAUCUAUCUAUCUGUGUUUAUUCCUAUGUCCAUAUAUAUCUGUCUCUCUGUCUAUUUGUUUAUCUAUCUGUGUUUGUCCCUAUGUUCAUAUCUAUCUAUCUAUCUAUCUAUCUAUCUAUCUAUCUAUCUAUCUAUCUAUCUCUGUUUAUCCCUAUGUUCAUAUCUAUCUAUCUAUCUAUCUAUCUAUCUUCUCUUCAUAUAUAUCUCUGUAUCUAUCCCAAUCUCUUCAUAUCUCUCUCUAAAUCUCUCUCUCUCGAUCUAUCUAUCUAUCUAUCUAUCUAUCUAUCUAUCUAUCUAUCUAUCUCAGCUUGUUCCUACCUAUCUAUCUGUCUAUUCCAGUCUAAUGAUAUCUAUCUAUUUCAGAAGAUAUCUAUCUUUCCCGGAGUGUUCAUAUCUAUCUAUCGAUUUCUCUAUUUAUCUAUCUACGAAUGCCAGUCUUAAUUAUCUAUCUAUCUAUCUAUCUAUCUAUCUAUCUAUCUAUCUAUCUAUCUAUCUAUCUGUCUUAUCUAUGUCUUUUCCUAUCAAUCUAUGGAUCUAUCCCAAUCUCUUCAUCUUUCUCUCUCUCUCUCUCUCUCUCUCUAUUUAUCUAUCUAUCUAUCUAUCUAUCUAUCUAUCUAUCUAUCUAUCUAUCUCAGUUUGUUUAUAUCUAUCUAUCUGUCUAUCGCAUUCUAAGUGUUCCUAUCUAUCUAUCUAUCUAUCUAUCUAUCUAUCUAUCUAUCUAUCUAUCUAUCUAUCCCAUUCUGUUGAUAUCUAUGUACUUAUCCCAGUCUGUAAAUAUCUAUCUAUCCCAGUCUAUAGAUAUCUAUCUAUUCCUAUACUGUUGAUAUCUAUCUAUCCUAAUCUGUUGAUAUCUAUCAGUUUAUCACGGUCUGUUGCUAUCUAUGUCAGUAUAAUUCUAUCUAUCUAUCUAUCUAUCUAUUGCAGUUUAAUUAUAUCUGUCUUCUAUCCAACCCUGUUGGUUCAUAUAUAUAUCCAUGUCGGUUCAUACCUAUCUAUCUAUCUAUCCAUCUAUCUAUCUAUCUAUCUAUCUAUCUAUCUAUCUAUCUAUCUAUCUAUCUCAGUCUAUUCACAUCUAUCUAUCUAUCUAUCUAUCUAUCUAUCUAUCUAUCUAUCUCAGUCUAUUCACAUCUAUCUAUCUAUCUAUCUAUCUAUCUAUCUCAGUCUAUUCACAUCUAUCUAUCUAUCUAUCUAUCUAUCUAUCUAUCUAUUCCAUCUCUAUCUAUCUAUCUAUCUAUCUAUCUAUCUAUCUAUCUAUCUAUCUCAGUCUAUUCACAUCUAUCUAUCUAUCUAUCUAUCUAUCUAUCUAUCUAUCUAUCUAUCUAUGUCAUCUGUUCAUAUCUAUCUAUCUUUGUCUAUUGAUUAUCUAUCUAUCUAUCUAUCUAUCUAUUUAUCUAUCUAUCUAUCUAAGUAUAUCUGUUCUUAUAUGUCUGUCUAUCUAUCUAUCUAUCUAUCUAUCUAUCUAUCUAUCUAUACAGACUGUUCAUGUAUAUCAAUCUAUCUCAAUUUGUUCACAUCUAUCUAUGACAAUCUGUUCACAUCUAUCUAUCUAUCUAUCUAUCUAUCUAUCUAUCAUUAUAUAUACAUAUAUAUUUGUUCACAUCUAUGGCAAUAUGUUCACAUCUAUCUAUCUAUCUAUCUAUCUAUCUAUCUAUCUAUCUAUCUAUCUUGA